AUGAAUGAAAACAGAAAAGCACGCCAAGAGCAAUCUAGAUGCAAUGUUUCAGCAACAUGGUCAAAUUCAAGAACAAGGGAUGGCUCUAGAAUUCUGAGUGUUCCUCCUAUUGAAUCUUUCAGAUAUCAAAGAAAUACAGAUACUCCUUUCAGGGACCAGAGCCCUUCAGAUAUUGAAUCUUUCAGACAUCGAAGAAAUAUAAACACCCUUUUGAGGGACCAGAGCCCUUCAAAUGAGGCUCGCAGGUAUGAGAAAGGCAGGGGAGGAACUAAAGCACAGAGCCAUAGGGUAAGAAAGGAUUUCAAGGCACAGCCUAGUAUAAAUCAUGGAAAGAGCAUAGUGCCAUCCAUCGAGCCAACAUGGACUCCUCUUGACAAGAGAGCAAGACAAAAACUUACAUUUGCAACACAUGGGAGCGAAAAACAAACCAAGCUGAUCUGGAGACAUCAAAGCAGCCCCAGUGUUGGAUGUGGCUUCCCUAAGAGGUACCAGGAAGAAGCUCCGUAG